AUGACCAUCUUCGUGGCGUCCCUCUUCCUCCCCUACACCGUCAACUUCGACGCUCCUGGCUCCAGUUCCAGGCCACUGUCUCCGGAACUUGGCCGACCGCAAUCGGCAGUCUCUGAGGCCUCGACCUUGCUCGAGGCGCAGCCCGUCAGCCUCUUCACACCGGGCGCCGGCAUAACUGGGAUUCCUGUGCAGACUCCGGGUCCCAUCCCUCCGACUCCAGGCGGCACCACCGACCAUGAGAAGAUCUUUCGCCCUCAUAUUGACCGCAAGAUCAGCCUCAGGCUUCCAAACGUCAGACCAGGCGCCGGCGCUCCUAUACGAACCAUCUCUCGACACGACCUCCACUCACCUGGCUGGGGGAAGACGUUUGGCUGGAAUCAACCUCCCUCAAGAGCCAAGUCGCCUCCACCCAGCUCGAUCCUGAAACACGCAGCAGGCGGUGUCAAAGAGCUUAAGGAGCUUAAAGAGAAAGCCGUUCAGAUUGCAUACAAUUCUUCCACCAGGCAUCACCGCCGACAGCGGACAAGAACUGUCAGCCAGGAACGGCGCUUUUCGAACGACAACUACGAGAUUGACAGAGCGCCCCUGGGAAAUGGCGGUCUUUACAAUGCAAUUGAUGCCGCAGUAGAUGCCGGUAUUUGCGACGAGAAGACUUGGGUUGGGACCCUCGGUUGUCCAGUCGAUGCCCUGGACGAUCAUAUGAAAGAGAAUAUUGCAGAGAAAUUGGAGAAUGACUAUGAUUGUCUGACCGUCUACGCCAGCGACAGCGAUUUGAAUGGCCAUUACGAGCACUACUGCAAGACCAUCCUCUGGCCGGUGGUCCACUAUCAGAUCCCAGACCACCCAAAGAGCAAGGCGUACGAGGACCACUCGUGGGUAUUUUACGUCAAGGUCAAUGAGGCUUUCGCCGAGCGCAUCGCAAAGAAUUGGAAGAAGGGAGACAAGAUCUGGAUCCACGACUACCACCUGAUGCUGCUGCCUGCCUUACUGCGACAGAAGCUCCCAGAAGCUGAAAUCGGCUUCUUUUUGCAUACGGCGUUCCCUUCGUCCGAGAUCUUCCGAUGCCUUGCGGUGCGGACCGAGCUGCUUCAGGGUAUGCUGGGUGCCAACAUGAUUGGAUUUCAGAACGAUGAGUAUGGCCAUCAUUUCCUACAAACUUGCAGCCGUCUCCUCAACGUCGAAGCCACCAAACAUGGGGUCAUUCUUGAGGACGGCAGGUUCGUCCAUGUGGACACGUGCCCGAUUGGCAUUGAUCCAAAGGCUAUCGAUCAUCAACGCCAGGCGGACGAGGUCAAGGAGUGGGUACAGACCAUCACCGAAAAGUACCGCGGCAAGAGAAUUAUCGUCGCGCGAGACAAAUUGGACACUAUUCGCGGAGUUCGUCAGAAGAUAUUGUCUUACGAGCUCUUCCUCAAUAAGUACCCUGAGUACAGAGAUCAGGUCGUGCUCAUCCAGAUUGCCACGUCGUCUACUGAGGAUCCCGAACUCAGUGCCACUGUGGCCGACAUCGUCACGCGUGUCAACUCUACUCACUCGACCCUGGCUCAUCAACCUCUUGUGUUCUUGAAGCAAGACAUUGACUUUGCUCAGUACAUGGCAUUGCUCACUGUAGCGGAGUGUCUCAUGAUAACUAGUCUGCGCGAAGGCAUGAACUUGACCAGCCAUGAAUGGGUCGAAUGUCAGGAUGGCAAGCUGUCGGAGAACAAGUAUGGUCCCUUAAUUCUUAGUGAGUUCACUGGCUCUGCCACCGUUUUCGGAAACAACGCUAUUUUGGUCAACCCAUGGCAUUAUAGCAACUGUGCCGACGCCAUUAAGCAAGCUCUUGAUAUGUCUCCCGAAGAGCGUCAGAGGCGUUGGAAGGCCAUGUACGAUGUUGUCAUAGAACAGAACGCGGUGCGAUGGUACGAGCAAUACCUCAAUGACCUGGAGCAUGCAUGGAAGGAACACAGGAUCCGUGACUCCACGGCAGUUCCCCGAUUGUCGGUGUCUUCCACAAAAUCGAAGUACCUCAAGGCUAAGAGACGCCUGAUUAUCCUGGAUUACGAAGGUACUCUGGCAUCUUGGGGCUCGCCGACCGACAUCAUAUUGACCACUCCGAAGAGGUCGAUCGACGUUCUAAAUGACCUCAUUGAAGACAAGAAGAACAUGGUCUAUGUGAUGAGCUCAAGAAUGCCGGAAGAAAUGGAAAGACUCUUCAGUCAAGUUAGCGGCCUUGGUUUGAUCGCCGAGAAUGGUGCCUUCGUGAGGGACCCGGAAGCAGAUGAAUGGCAGGAGCUGAUUGACACCACUCAUGUUGAGAAGUGGAAGAAAGGAGUGCGGAGCAUUCUUCAGUACUAUGUGGAGAGGGUGGAGGGAAGUCGAAUCGAAAUGCGGCACGCCUCUAUCAUCUUCGACUACGCUGAUGCAGAGGAUACAUCGGGAGCUUUCAAACAAGCCGGUGAAUGCGCCAAUCACAUCAACGAUGCUUGUCGCGGGCAGAACGUCAAUGCCAUCCCUAUCGAGGAUGGGCUUUGCAUUUCGGAAAUCGAUGUCAACAAGGGAGCAGCCGCUCAGUUGGUCGCCGAGAAUUUGGAAAAGCAAGUCCAGGAAAACGGUACCACGUUUCCAGAUUUCCUCAUGGUCAUUGGAGAUUCGAGGGAGGAUGAAUAUGUCUUCAACUGGGCGCACAAGUUGGAAAAGGCAGGCAAAAUCCGGGAUGUCAUCACCGUGACUUUGGGUGCCAGAAGCACCGAAGCAUCGGCUACGUUGACCCAAGGUGUGACUGGUAAGUUGCAAGCUUAUACGUGUGAGAUCUACAACUAA